CGCGCUCUCGGACAGCCGAGCGCACAAAGUGAGACAGAAGUGGAGCGGACUUCACUGAGGACACCACCUGUUUCAAAAGGCUGCUGUGGCCAUGAACACUCUCCCUGAAAAAGGAUGACAUCUAAAUGUCAGUCUUCAGAUGUCCUGCCGCCAAACCUGACUGCUGGAGCCAUGAUGUGGGAGUCGAACCUUUCCAGAUCUUUACAGGACAGCCCGGGCAAGAGCGCAAGCUGUGGCUCUGUGUCCGUAUUUUUUCCCAUCAUUAUGAUGGUCACUGGAAUGGUCGGAAACUCUCUGGCGAUGCUGUUAGUUUAUAGUGCAUACAGAAAAAAGGAAAACAAAAGGAAGAAGUCGUUUCUGCUUUGUAUCGGCUCGUUGGCGUUAACUGAUCUUUUCGGCCAGCUGCUCACAAGUCCAAUAGUCAUUUCGGUGUACAGAGCAGAUUUGAAAUGGAAACGCGUGGACCCUUCCGGAACUCUGUGCGCUUUCUUUGGGGUGUGCAUGACCACUUUUGGCUUGUGUCCUCUGUUUUUAGCCAGUGCCAUGGCUAUUGAGAGGGCCUUGGCUAUCACAGCUCCUCACUGGUACUCACAUUACAUGAAAACCAACGUGACCAAGCAGGUUCUGGUCAUCAUUUGGUGCCUGGUUUUGCUCUUUGCCUUACUACCCAUUGCUGGGGUUGGAAAGUACACUUUGCAGUGGCCAGGCAGUUGGUGCUUCAUAAGUACAGGUGACAAAAACGUAACGGGAAAUACGUUUUUUGCCACCACCUUUGCGGCAUUGGGGAUAUCUUCUUUGCUGGUCACGUUGUCGUGUAACGUUGUGACCAUCCGUGCUUUGGUUACACGUUGCAAAACGAAGGCAACCUCGACCCAGUCGUCCAAGCAAUGGGAGAGGUUAACAACAGAGACUGUUAUUCAGUUGAUGGGCAUUAUGUGUGUGCUGUUGACAUGCUGGUCACCUCUACUGGUCCUUAUGCUGAAGAUGAUCUCCACCCACACAUCCUCCCAUCAGUGCAAUUCUGCUACUGUAUCUCUCUCACCCCAGGACUUACAAAUGGACUGCAACUUCUUUCUCACCGCCAUACGUCUGGCCUCACUCAAUCAGAUUCUAGAUCCAUGGGUUUACCUGCUCCUGAGAGAGAUCCUCUUGAGGAAGUUCUGCCAGGUGGCCAGCGCGGUCUCCAAGUGCUCUCUAGACACGCAGAAGGAAACUCAAUGUCCUCUGAGCGCCCUAAAUAAAAAGGCCAUUCAGAGUGACAAUGCUCACAAACAGUCUUUGAACAUAGAGAACAGUAACUUGAAUGGGGGAAAUGAGGAACAGUGACUUGAUAGUAGUCAUUUUCCAAAAUAAGAGUUUAGUCACCCAACGAGCUGGAAAAUUUCCAGAUGUAGUUGUGGAUCAUAUUGACGUUGGGUGAUUCAGCAUGCUACCACGCAAAAACGUCACUCUUAUGUCACUGUCGCAGUCAACACACUCAAAGAGAUUUUGUUCAUUGUUACUCAAGCAACCUUUGAAAUGAAACAAAAUGUGCAGGGUUUGCCACUGUCAUUGAAAAAAAAUUGAAAAUAUCACGCAUGUUACAAAUGAAAACAAAUUAUUCAAAAGAUGUGGGAAUCCUGCAUAUACAACAGCAAUAUUAGCAAAUUGGAUUUACUCAAACUGACGUUUGCCAUGCAGCUCCUAUGGAGACUACUACAUUCAGUGUUGGUACUAUUUGGCAAAGUCCUUUUAUUCACCUGCCAACUGCUAGAAAAAAAAGAAGGAAUAUUUCUUGAUGCUAAUUUAUGGUUUAUGUAAAAUGUUUAUUGUGCAGUAAAGCACUGAAUGGUCUCAAAUACUUUCCUCAGACUUCUUAUCCUCAUGGCUUAUUUUAAAACCUCUCUAAACUUCUGUUUAGUCUUAUUGUGUGCGUUUUUCAAUGCCAAGCCCGCAGAGCUCUUUUUGAUGCUGAUAACUGCAACCGUGGGCACAUUUAAUUGAAUUCCAUGCUUGAGUUUUUCAGCUGGAUUCCUGAACGAAGUAAAUGUAAAAGUGGGAACUAAUUCAAUAGUUUAGUGAGAUACUUUCUGGCCUUGGAACAGUCCGUUCAGCACGUUUAUUUUAAUAGCCAAUUUUUUGACUCACCGAGUGCCUCAAAGUGCUGCAUCUUUUCAUGUGCAAUAUUCUAGAUCAUACCAGUUGGCACCAUAAACCAAAAGACUUUAAAAUUUAAAUGGAAGGCAGUUUCAACAGACGAUGAUUAGGCAUUUACGUAAAUUGCUUUUUUAUACCAGUUGUUGUCAGGAGGCCAUUAAAGCUCUGCUUUGUUCUUAUUUUGCAUCCUUUUAGUUGUAAAUUAUGUAACAUUUUCAAUGAGAAAUAUUUAAUGAGCGAUAUGACUGCUGCAGCUGUUUUAUAUUAUUCUUGGCUGAUAAGACUGCAUUCAGUCAUUUUUGUUUGUUAAUUUUUAAUUAAACAUACAUAAAUUAUUGACAAGAAUGAUUGAAGCUGUUCUUCUAAUUGGGCCCUUCAGUUCCACAUCUGUGAUUAUGCAUCUUACUGAGUGUGACUGAACAUCAUCUUAGCAUAUUAUAUUUUUGCACGAUGCAUUGUUAUAGAGUGGACCCAUGGAUCAUCAGUUUUGCUAAACAGCAGGUUACAUUCAUGGCACUCUAUCUUAUACAAUAUUAGAAGAAAAUGGUGAAUUGUGACCCUGGACCACAAAACCAGUCAUAUGGGUCUAUAUAAUUUCGAAACUGAGAUUUAAACAUUACCUGAAAGCUGAACAAAUAAGAUUUCCAUUGAUGUAUGGUUUGUUAGGAUAGGACAAUAUUUGGCCGAGAUACAACUAUUUGGAAAUCUGGAAUCUGAGGGUGCAAAAAUAAAGAAAUAUUGACAUAAAUAAAAUAAAUAUUGAGAAAAUCGCCUUUAAAUUUGUCCAAAUGUAGUUCUUAGCAAUGCAUAUUACUAAUCACAAAUUACGCUUUUAUAUAUUUAUGGUAGGAAAUUUGCAAAAUAUCAUCAUGGAACAUGAUCUUUACUUAAUAUCCUAAUUAUUUUUGGCAUAAAAGAAAAAUCGAUAAUUUUGAUCCUCACAAUGUAUUUUUGGCUACUGCUACAAAUAUACCCGUGCUGCUUAAGGCUGGUUUUGUGAUCCAGGGUCGCAACUGUAUUUAAAGAAAGAAUGUUUUCAAAAAAAGUGUUUUAUAAAGCAGUCUUUAUGUUUCUGAAACCAGCUUAAAUCCCCAUGACUCUGAAAAUGAUUUUACACCCUGCCAAUUAAAAUAAAAUAAGCGAGGCAGAUGCAAAAGCAGUGUCUAGGAAAAAAGGGAGCGACAGCGUAAUGUAUUUUCCUAGAGGUCAGAGCUCUAUGAAACUGGUGGAUGUGAAAAGGCUCCGUGACCAGUAAAUACAUUUAGAAGAUUACAUAAGAGUCAGAAAUUGCUAAUUUUCUGUUUCCACCAAUAAACAUCAGAGAAAAGUGUGAUUUCUAAUUGCUUAGGAUGGGGUAUGAUGUGGUAUUUGCAAAAGUGCAUAGUUGACAGUGGAAACCGGAAUACUUUUAUAAAUGCAUUUAACAUUUGACAUGUGCUCUCAGGCAGUGAUUACAGAGUAAAAUUAAUGAAACUGACAUGGGACUUAAUUAAUAGUGAAAUGAAUGUGGCUCAGGCCGCAAAGCCAGACGCCUAGUCGUGCUUAACUUGUCGUUGCCCGCUUCGGUAGCUGCUAAUAGGGCAAUGGAAAAUAGAACGAUUGCAUAAUAUUUCACUGCCAAAUUAAAAGUUCCAGUGAAUCCAUGAGUCCAAAAGCAGUUCUCCUGUCAGCUCACCGAUGCAUUGAGCUGAUAAAGAACAUCUGACUUGUGACCAUUCAGUGCUUUCACUGACUGAUACGUAUUUAGCCAACAGUGGUACAGAGAUAGUCUACACUAAAGCUGUUCAGAGCAUUGUAUUUAUGUUGCCGAAAGCAUAUUAUAUGAGUUUCUUUCAUAUCGAAAGGUUUGUUCAUUAUAUUAUCAUCACUCUCAUCAUUUACUCUCCCUUACAAACCCAUUUGGCUUUAUGUUUGAACAAGAGCUUUUAAGGUGCAAGUAAAAGCACCAUAAAGCUAAUGUAUGGCAAACAUUGUAUGGACUACUUUAAUGUUGCUUUCGAGUCCCCUUUGAAGCUCCAGUCACUCUUCUUUGUAAUUUAAUGCAAAAAAAAACAUCCAUUCAUCCAUUUUCCAAACUGCUGCUGCUAUCUAGAGAUGAAAAAAAAUGUACGCAUAAAUGUACCACAGUUAGUUUGCAGUUGAUUCUUUCUUGGAAUUAUGCUAUUUAAUGCAAAGACUUUCAUACAUUUUAUGUGUAAUUAAGUGUCAGUACUUCUUUUGGCUACUGUAUGUGGAACUACAGAAUCAUAAUCAUAAUUUGUUAUGUAUAUACAGGCAAUAAGAACUGCCAGGUAAUGUUUGCAUGUUAAGCCACCAGCAAAUCAUUUCAGAUCACAACCCACCUGUGAAUGUCCUAAUGCCAGAUGCCAAAUUACAGAUGCCACGAAGUGUGGCAAGUCUGCAGUACAAACAACAGGGUUUCAUGAAUGUAUUUCGAGUUUUACAUUUAUUUAUGGUGUAAGACAAACGUGUACAGCUCUGGGACUCUGCUCACAGCUAGAGCUGUCAUCAAGCUUGUAUCAACAGAUGGUCGUGGCGCUGCUUGUGUGUUUUUGAUAAGAGGUGUUUGCAUAUGCUUGCAACUGUUUGACAUGUCGACUAACUGCUCUGAUGCGCUUGCCUUGUAAUGGUGCUUCUAAAGUGUAUCAUUAUUUGAUUCUGUGCUGUUUGUGUUUUCCGUUUACCGGGAUGGACUGUGUUUCAUGCCAUUAUUAUAAUUUAAUCUGGUAGGGGGUUGGGGUACACCAAAGUGCUUCUCUAAGCGCCCCCCCAUCCACAUUUUGCACAAGUGGUUUGAAAUGGUCGCCACUUUUUCCAUCCGUUGUGUUACUGAGGAUUUCAAUUUACUGUUUUGUUUAGGAAAUUGUUCAAAUCAUUGUGUUCUCAUUAUAUAGCUAGUACACUGAUUGUAAGUGGAUACAUGAAUAAUCAUAGCUGUUAUUUGGCUAAAAGUGAGAUGGCUUUCUCAUUUCCAAUCUAUUCAUGGAGUAGCACUGAAAAAUGCUCUCCCUAUUGAUAUUUGUAAAAAUUGAGAGAUAAAAUAAAAAAUAAAUCAGAAUGAACUGAUUUCACCAGAGUUGAUUUGCACAGUGUCAAACCAUAGUGCUGAUGAAUGGGGAAAAGGCAGGGUUUUGAGAUGCAUCUUUUUUAAAAUGUUAGAACUUUUCAAAAAUGCAGCACUCAGUUUAUUUAAAAGGACCAAAACUGAACAUUCUGUCAUCAUCUAUUCACCCUCAUGUCUUUCUUAAAAUUCUGCUUGGUAAUUCCUUCGCUGCUUCACGCAAGAAAGAAAGCCAUGUGGGUUUCAAAAGUCAUGAGGAAGUGUAAAUAAUGACAGAAUUGUCAUUUUUGGAUGAACUAAUGCUUUUAAUUACUAAUAAAACAAGCACUUAUUUAUAAAAAACUACAUGAAAGUUGUAUUCCUAUUCAAAUCUCUAGUUUGAAGUCUGUGUUGAAGUCUACUGGUGGAGUUAAAGGGGUCAGACGGCUCCUUGACGUUUUGUUCCCAGAGGUUCGCAAUCAGACUUGUUGAUCAUGUUAUGGCCACUAUUUAUGUAAGAACGUACUGCAUGUGUUAACAAAUUUUUGUGUUGUGAACUCAAAAGUUAACACAUCUCUGCAGGCACAGAUAUUUAUGUACUAUUUAUGCUUUGUUCUUUCUGGGUUUUUCUGUUGACACUUGAUGUGCUGAGAGCAUUUUCCUUUAAUUACAGAACUGUGAUCAGCUUCGUAAUCAGAAUUGUUGUCUUUGUCUGAGUGUUAAUGAGUUUGGCAAUGCUACUGUAAUUGAAAAACACAAGACAACAUGCCCUCUGGUCAUUUACCAGUCAAUUAGCAAUUGUUUAAUUUGUUCACUGCAAUCUAAAAUUAAAUGAGAUGUAAUGAGAUUAAAGAGGUCUCAUGGGUUGUUUUCGUAAUUAAUAACAUAAUUUGCGUAAUUACUGUAAUUGAAAAUACAGUAUGUAGUAUACAAUUCUCAUUGUUUUUUUUUUAAUUUUCACAUUAUUUCUUGAUUAUUUUGUCAUUUUAACUUAAUGCAGAGAGAUAAAUCUCUACAGGUAUCAGGGACUUCAUGUGAUCCUUCAGAAGCAGGAACAAAAAUAGCGACUGCAUCACAAGAUAACAGACCAAGAGGCCGUUCAAUCCAUUAGUAGCUAUAGUGAAGAUCCAGCAUACUGCACAACCGGCUAAUGUGGAUAAUGGCCCUCUGGCAGUCUGGCUUUCUGCAGUUGUAUGUGUGCCAAGAUGUCUCCCAAACAUUACUAUCAAUAAAAUUAUAAGAUUCCUCAAUUUACAUAUUAAAGUAUUGAGAGUUGUAAUGAGAUUUUCAAAUAAAACACACUUUUUCAUUAUGGGUCAAUCAGCAUGCAUACAUCCAGAUUUCUUCUGAUAUUAAAUUCUUGUUCAUAUAAUCACUCUCCACACAUAUUAUAUGUCCAUCAAAUACUUUUACUUCAAACUCACUAAAA